AUGGACGAGGCAAAAAUCCCUACCCAGUCCGAUGGGUUGGUCGAAUCCGAGCUACACGUACCAUCGGAAUCGUCAACUUCAGCAUCGCAGAUCAUCAAAAUGGAGCCAAUUGCGGAUAGUGUGAGAGACUUUCUCAAGGCACGUCAGCCCGAUCACCUCGACCUGUCCGAUCACACCGGCGUGGUCUUUGACAACAUAUCAGCCGUGGGAAGCGGAACCGGAUCACAAGAUGCACCUACAGUCACGUCCGCGGCCAAGUCGGCCUUUGGGCUGUUGAGCCAUUUGCAAAACAGAAAAAGCAGACAGUACUCUCGACCCAUCCUCAGUGGAUUCGCGGGUACAAUUGAACCGGGAAAAAUGUUACUUGUGCUAGGAAAGCCAGGGAGUGGCUGUACGACUUUUCUCAAAACCCUUUCGGGGUUAUGGGAUGAGUAUAAGGAGAUACAGGGAGAACUCAGUCUGGACAGUCAUCCGCUGCAAGAUGUGAUGUCACACAGGCCUCAAGAUAUUCUGUUCUGCGGUAAGUCUCUACUACUGAUUUCGGAUGACCACUUCCCUACGUUGACCGUUGCGGAAACCUUACGCUUUGCGAUCCGAGCACGCUGCGGUUCUAAUUUCUCGUCUGGAGCAGUUGAUGAAAUGGUAGCUCAGCUGGCCAAGCUCGUCGGCCUUGAAAAUGUUUUGAGCACUAAGGUCGGGGAUGCGAAAAUACGAGGAGUCAGUGGGGGAGAGCGCCGCCGAGUGUCUUUGGCAGAGGCCCUGGCUACUUGUGCUCGUCUCAUUUGCAUGGAUAAUCCAACUCACGGAUUGGACUCUUCCACUGCAGUUGAAUUCAUGGAGAUGAUGCGUGAGUGGACGACCCAAAGUCAAUGUGUGGCUGCGAUGAGCGUCUAUCAAGCCAGUGAUGCCAUUUUCAACUACUUUGACAAAGUAUUGGUCAUCAAUUCUGGCCGACAGAUCUUCUAUGGCCCAGUUCAAGAGGCGAAGUCAUAUUUCGAAGAUUUAGGGUUUGAGUGCUUAUCGACUACGACCGUGACCGACUUCCUCAAUAUGAUGUCUGCGGGACCAGACGUGCGACGAGCUCGGGAAGGAAUGGAAAGCCAGAUUCCGAGGACCCCAGAGGAUUUUGAGCGUGCAUUCCAUGCUAGUCGUUUUUACCAGGCAUUGCAAGUCUCGGUACAAGAGUCCAAGAAACGAGAUCAAACACACCCCAGCACUCUAACCAAAACCCCAGCAUUUGCUCUUCCUAUCCUUCACCAGAUUUGGUACUGUGCCGGUCGCCAGUUUCGCAUCGUCACUAGUGAUUACAGCUUGUGGGCAGUAGAGCUCACCACUAUUGUGGUCCAAAGUCUGGUGUUGGGAACACUUUUCCGGAACCAGCAGCGAACAACAAAAUCCCUGUUUAUAUUUGCAUCUUCCCUGUUCUAUUCAGUCCUGGUCCCAGCCUUGCAGUCAAUGGCAGAAUUCGGCAAUGGAUUUGCUCAGAGACCGCUGAUUUUGAAACAAAAGCGAUACCAGAUUUGUCGUCCUAUUGCUUAUGCAUUUGGCUUGAUCACAACGGAUGUCGUGUGGAAGGUGGCUGCAAUCUGCUACAAUAUUCCGUUAUAUUUCCUGACCGGACUCCAAAGGUCAGCCGGGAACUUCUUCACCUGGUUCCUGAUCGUCUAUCUAGAACACCUUGCUUUGUCAAUGUUUUUCCGCUCUGUGGCUAUCUUUUCUCCCAACAUGCACCGUGCAGUGCUACCUGUGGGAAUAUUCUUCAAUAUGUAUGUUUUAUAUACGGGGCUCUACGUGCCCGCGCCUCAGAUGCAAGUUUGGCUUGGUUGGUUGCGAUAUUUGAAUCCCCUCUACUAUGCAUUCGAAUCGGUUAUGGUAAAUGAAUUUGGAGACCUCAGCUACGACUGUAGCUCUUCAGAUUUGGUUCCAUCGGGGCCAGAUUAUAACGACAUAGCUCAUCAAGUCUGCACCGUCGUGGGGUCACAACCCGGGGAUUCUCUUCUAUCUGGUGCGUCGUACAUUCACGCCCAGUACGGAUUUGAACAGUCUCAUCUCUGGCGAAAUGUUGGCAUCAUUGCGGCAUUAUUUGUCUUCUUUGCCCUUUGCUCUGGAAUUGGAAUGGAGAUGCUGAAGACACCGGCAGGCCAGUUGGCCACCGUCUUUUACAAGAGCGGCCCCCGAGGAGUAAACCGUAAUCACAUCACCGACAACGAAACAGGACAAAUCAACGCGGUUGAAGGAGUGAAUAUCCCACCUGAGAACAACAGCAAUGAAAGUCGUUCACAACAAGUUCAGGACCCCGAAAAGAGUCACACUCUGGCAUGGACUAAUCUGAGUCUUGACUUGAAGACGAAGGAGGGAGCACGACUUCUACUUAAUAGUCUCAAUGGCUCAGUCAAGAGCGGACAGCUCAAGGCUCUGAUGGGGGUUUCAGGCGCAGGAAAAACAACGUUGCUGAAUGCACUCGCCGGUCGGUCAACUGUCGGCACUCUCACUGGAACUUUGGCACUCAACGGGCAGGUUCUGCCUUCGUUCUUCCGAAGUCGUAUGGGUUAUGUACAGCAGCAGGACAUCCAUUUACCAACCCAGAGUGUCCGCGAGGCAUUGCAAAUGACAGCGCGACUCAGACGCCCAGAGUCCAUCUCGGUCGCAGAUAAGAAUGCUUACGUUGAGAAAGUGAUCGAGUGGUUGAGUAUGGAGGAUAUUGCAGAUGCUUUGGUUGGUGUCCCCGGUGCCGGUCUAAAUCUCGAGCAGCGGAAGAAGGUAAGCAUUGGCGUGGAGAUGGCCUCUAAACCAGAGAUUCUCUUUCUGGAUGAGCCGACCUCAGGUCUCGAUGGCCAGUCCGCCAUGUUGAUUGCUGGUUUACUUCGUCGCUUGGCGGAUUCUGGUCAAGCCAUACUGUGUACAAUUCAUCAGCCAGCAGCUGAGCUCAUUGAGAAGUUUGAUCAGUUGUAUCUUCUCAGCCGCGGAGGAAACUUGGUAUAUGACGGCGCACUUGGAACGCGCUGUCGACAGGCAAUUGAGUACUUCCAACCACGCAGUCGACCCUGCAGCCCGGAAGAAAACCCAGCAGAGUAUUUCCUGGCCGUUAUCGGUGCUGGGUCACGCAAUGGCGCCCAUAUUGAUUGGCCUACUCUUUGGCAUGGCAGCCAGCAGAGCAAGGAGCAAGAAAAAGCCGAACAAGGCUUGAUUCUUGCAGAGCAAACACCACCAAUGGAGAAACAGUCUUUGUAUUCUGCACCAUUUUUUGUACAGUUGUGGGUUGUGAUUCAAAGAACUUCGCUCUAUUACUGGAGAGAACCUGAUUACCUCACUUCCAAGCUUUGGAUGAGCGUUGGGAAUGCGCUCUUGAAUUCUCUUACAUACCUGCAAUCACCCAACACAGAGCGAGGAGCAUACAACCGGGUUUUCUCCGCAUUCAUGUCACUCAUCGUGGGCCCUCCACUCGGCCUGCAAGUACAACCACGCUUCGUGACGCUGAGGGAUAUUUUCGUUCUUCGAGAGCGAGAGAGCCUGACAUAUCAUUGGAUGGCAUGGGUCCUUUCUGCAUUCAUCGUGGAAUUACCUUUUACAUUUCUCAGCGCACUGAUCUACUGGCUACUUUGGUACUUCCCGGUUGGAUAUUUCUACGCCCCCGACCGUGCAGGAUACAGCUUCCUCAUGUAUGAGCUCUUUGCAGUAUUUGCCACUAGCUUGGCUCAGUUGUGUGCAUCGCUGAUGCCCAAUAUUGAGGCUGCAUUCGCUGCCAACGGGUUUUUCUUUAUGUUUUGCAACACCUUUGCUGGUACGCUGUCUCCAAAGCCGGUAACUCCUUCCGGUUGGAGCUGGUACUACAAGGUGUCUCCCCUCUUUUACUGGAGUGAGGGAGUCACCGUGGAUAUCUUACAUGAUUUGCCGAUCCAGUGCAAGCCCUCCGAAGUCUCAAUUUUCUACCCGGUUAAUGGCAGCACUUGUGGCCAGUAUGCCCAGGAUUUCCUGAAAACUGCUACAGGAUACCUGCUCAACCCUGAAAAUACGACUGAGUGUGAAUACUGUCGAUACACCGACGGACAAUCAUACUACCUGCAAUAUGGCUACGAGCUUGCGAAUCAGCAUCGCAAUAUUGGAAUUUUCAUCGGGUUCAUUGCGUUCAACUUCACCAUGGUUUUGGUAAUCACCUAUCUCACCAAAAUGCGUCGCCAAUGA